AUGCGCCCCGCACGCUCAGGCCUACCGAAAGGGUGGCCACAAGGUCUUGUAUACAUCACAGCCCCAGUGUAUUCCAGGCUUUGCGCCGCCGAAGUGCAGAAGUCACUCCAUACACCCUCGGCGGUGACAGACGUCCUAAAGGUGCCGAGCGGUCCUUCGCCACUCGCUAGGAUAACCAAGAUUGGCAAUCCUUCGCAUCCUGCCAACGGACAGUCUGGUCUGUUUGCUGCCCAGCAUCUUCCGCCAGACACUUUCAUCAUCCUCUACUUAGGUCUCUUUCAUACUCGAGAGGAUGCGGAUCCGGAUUCUGAUUACGAUCUUUCUUUAGAUCGGGAACUCGGUGUUGGAAUUGAUGCCACCCGAAUGGGGAACGAGGCACGCUUCAUCAACGACUAUCGCGGCGUAGGACCCCCAGGACCCAACGCCGAGUUUCGUGAAGUCUGGAUCGAUGCUGGCCGAGGCAAAAUGGAAAGGCGGAUGGGAGUGUUUGUGCUAAGUGCGGGGAAGAGCGGGAAGAGAGCCAAGGGCAUCGCCAAGGGCGAUGAGAUACUGGUUAGCUAUGGCAAGGGGUUCUGGAGCGAGCGCCAAAAGGAACAGGAUGCCGCCACUGAUGCUGAUAGCUGA